CUGGAGUUGAUUUAGUUCAGUGCCAACCAUUCGCGGGGUAUGUUGUGUACUGUCUUUGACCGAUUGUCGCCUGUCCGUGUGUAGUCGUGAGUGAUUCGACGAGUACGUGUGGCCGGACGGACGAACGGAUUGCGCUGUUGUAGAGCCGUGAGUCCUUUCCACACCCGUUGGGAUUUUUGCGUGGGGGGCGUCUUUUGCGAGAUCGAUUUCUUAAAGGUGCACGUGGAUCGCGUCUUAUCCUUGCGCUUUUGUUUUUGCGACAGCAAUUGUGAAUGCAGAUUUGCUGCAAUGGGGUCUCAUUGUUGACCUUGGCUUAAUCGUCACGGAACGUUGUACGGCUGUUGCUUAGAGAAAGAAAACCCCGAAUUGGUCAAUGCCACUCCUGUUUAUUAUUUAUUAAUCGAUUGAUGACUUAGGAAUGAGGGAGAAGUGAUUCAACUUGAGACGAGUGAGAUAGCGGAUCAAAGCCCGCACACAACCGCCGCUAGGUCCCAAACAGGGGUGGAAAGCUGCAGCUACCCGAGAAAGAAAAUCUGUGUUUAUGGAUCUCCCUCCCAGAGAAAAAUCGAUGAAUUAUACGGCCAGCAAUUAAAAAUUCAGUGAUCUUCAAGUUCGACCAUCGUAAAUCACACCCAACGGCCUCAUUAAACGUGGGCCGCCAUCGCGCGCGUGAUUCAAAGCGGAAAUAGGCUAGUUCAACAAAUAGUUAAUCAAUUUCAGAGGCAAUAAAAUAAAAAUCAAACUGAUCCCAAUCAGUUCCAACCAGUUGCAAACCCUCAUCAACAAGUGCGUGUGCCUUAACUAGUCCGUGGAUAGUGAUCGUAAAACUAAUUGAUUGACUUGUCGCCGAGUGUUGACCUUGCGAAGGCCAACGUUUGUUAAUGACAAAUACAAACUAUUUCAAACACUCAAUAAAUACAAAUUGUUUUACUAACAACUCCAUCUUCGCCAAAACAAACAACAGAGCUUAAAGAAAUAACCCAAAGUCACUCGAAACGCUUGGAUACAUCUAAUAAAAGUUAUACUUGCGCUGGAAGUUCCAUCAAGUGUGAAGAAAAGUGUGUGACGGAUAUGCGACGGAAGUGCAUUUGCAGUUCCCAGUGAUAAGUGCGGUGAAACUCAAAUUCUUCCUGGCAGAUUCUCUGUGUGAAAGAAAAGAUAAAAGUGCUACACCACCGUCAAGUGAAACGGGAGAAUAAGAAGUUUCCCAGCAAUACCUUCAAUCCACCCACUCCCAAAAAUCAUCCUAUAUGGUAAUGGCAGAGAUCGGUGGCCCAUUGGCUCACCAGUUGAACCCCCUGCAGAACCACCGGGGAGGUCUGGUGCAGCCGUCGCUGGUGAUGAACCACCACCUCGACCCGCUGGACAACAACGGCGGCGGGACGUGCCAUGCGCCCAGCAUUCUUCCAAAAAAGGAACGCCUCUCGCUGUGCGUCGGCUGCGGGGGUCAAAUCCACGACCAGUACAUCCUGCGGGUGGCGCCCGAUCUCGAGUGGCACGCGGCCUGCCUCAAGUGCCAAGAGUGCCGCCAGUUCCUAGACGAAAGCUGUACCUGCUUCGUGAGGGACGGCAAAACAUACUGUAAGCGAGAUUAUGUUAGGUUAUUUGGUACCAAAUGUGAUAAAUGCGGAAGCUCCUUUAGUAAAAACGACUUUGUGAUGCGAGCCAAAACGAAAAUCUACCACAUAGAAUGCUUUCGAUGUUCCGCCUGCACGAGGCAGCUAAUACCGGGUGACGAAUUCGCGUUACGGGACGGUGGAGCGCUGUACUGCAAGGAGGACCACGACCACCUAGAAAAAUCCAACCAAAACAGUCUGAUACAGAGCGUAGAACCAAACAACAACAUUAGCAGUAAUACCAACCAGAAUAGCACCAGUAAUAACAACAACAACAACACUAGCUUAAGCAAUAACAACCACUCGAGCGAGCUGGGUUCGAUGUCGGAUUCCGGCAGCGAAUCAGGCUCGCACAAAAGUAUGCGCGGCAAGGGACCCUCCGGACCGUCGGACGGCAAACCAACCCGGGUGCGAACGGUGCUCAACGAGAAACAACUACACACCUUAAGAACCUGCUACAAUGCCAAUCCCCGGCCGGAUGCCCUGAUGAAGGAACAGCUGGUCGAGAUGACGGGCCUCUCGCCACGGGUCAUCCGGGUCUGGUUCCAGAACAAGCGGUGUAAAGACAAGAAGAAAACGAUCCAGAUGAAGCUACAGAUGCAACAGGAGAAGGAAGGUCGUAAACUCGGUUAUGGCAUGCAGGGAAUCCCAAUGGUUGCCAGCUCCCCGGUACGGCAUGAUUCUCCGCUGAACAUGCACGGCCUGGAAGUGACCGCCUAUCAGCCACCGUGGAAGGCCCUGUCGGACUUUGCGCUGCACUCGGACCUGGACAGCAACGGGGCGAUCAACACCCACACGCCGGCGUUCCAGCAUCUAGUCAAUCAGAUGCACGGUUACGAUGUCGGUGGCGGCGGUGGUAUGCAGCAGAUGCCCGCCCAGGGACAGGGACCACCGAUUGCCUCCCACAUGGACAUGAGUGGGCACCACCAUCCGGACAGUACCGAUUCCUAUGUGACAUAUCUGGAAAGUGACGACAGCAUGCAGGGAAGCCCGUAAACUCUCGCAGAGGGAGUUGGACUUCAUCAAUACUACUAACUAGUGUGAUCUGUGCCCCGUUUGAAAAUCAAAAUUUUAUUUUUGAAGGCGUGUCUUCAUGUCAGCCAAGGAAAAGAAAAUUUGAUAAAUGCCAGGUUUAGUUUUAGGUUUUUUUUUUGCUCGCGGUUCCUACAGAACAUGAAAACAUCCUGUUCAAUGGAUGGCAGAUAGGUGGCAAUGAUUUAGUUUAGGAUAUUGGAAGAUCUUUAGUUUAGUACGUUUUACGUGCAGGCAACGAUAUUAAUUUAACUUAUUUCAGUAACACGCCCCACUGAGAUUGAUUCUGUUGAUAGCCUCAGAAAUCUAGCCAAUCGUACUUUUUAUUUGUUGGUUCGUUUGUUUGUCGCAGUUUGUAAAAAAAAACAACUUUUUUGUUUCUCUGUAAAUAUUGUACUAUAGCAAGAAAAGAAAAAUCGAAAAAAAGAACACUUAAAAAUAUCAGAAGGGCAUUUUCCUCUCUUGCUGAUGGUUAGCCUAAUCAAAUUCAAAGUUACAAUGGUCUCCAUAAGUGUUAAGGUUUUAAUUUGUAAAGCAAUUCAUCUCGUCUGUAAAUAGCUCUUUUUAAUUUAUCACACCAGCAAGCAACACCCGAAUCCACAAAACUCUAGAAUGUGUGGUAUAUGACAGUAGAAUAUAAAGAAAUAAAAUCAAGCUUAACUAUGUUUUACGAGAGAAUAAAAAAGUCGCUAUAUGGAGAUGUAGGGAAAUUGAUUGUAAUAUAGAAAUGAAUCACUUUUGAGAUUUAGUCGAUGGAGAUAGUCCAUCUCUUGAUGAAGAAUGCAAUGAAAUUGAAGCAAACUCUGUAUGAUACAAACCAUUAUUGAUUGUAUGGAAGAAUAAAUUAAACCGAUUAAAAAUCAUCAAUUUUAAUCUGA